AUGCAGUGCGACAAGGACACAGAAGGCAUCCCCAAGUUCCUGUACAACGGGUACGGCUUGCAAAAGGACAAAAACAGCAACGCCAUCAAGUUUCAUCCCGCCAUGCCGGGAGGACAGCUGCGGAUCGAAGGUGUAGGUGGCUUCGGCAACCAAGACAUCGGUUUCACUCCUCAGGACUGGACCGGCAGUGAAAACUCCUUCCACACUUUAGAGGUGAGCCUUGGCACAGACGGCCAAAACAAUCUGAAAUUUACUGGACAUCAAGGCGAAGUUUGGGAACGCGGCUGGGAGAACCGGCUGACGGAUGGGCGCUACUCGCCUGAGCUGCACGCCUGGUUGGAUAUGGGAGGCAGUUUCAAGUCUCGCGGAUUCGUCGUCUACGGUGAUAUCGACGUGGAGGUUCAUGUCAACGUGGCAGAGAGUGUUGCUGAAACGUCCUAG